AUGUCGGAGGAACCGCCUGCGAAACGCAUCCGUAAAGGAACGAGGAGUUGUCAAGAAUGUCGACAUCGCAAAGUUCGUUGCAUCUGGCCCUCCGACAAUGCCCAAGUCUGUCAAGGGUGUUUGACAAGACAUCGUACAUGCGAAUUACAAGUCGAAAUUGUCCAGUCAUCAGACGCGCCCAAGUUGACCUCGAAAGCUCGUAUUGCAAUUUUGGAAGAUCAAAUCACCAAGCUAUGGGGUGCCAUCAACGGCGGUGUUGAUAGCAUCGCGACAAAUCCUGGUCGAACGCAAGACAAUGUCGCGGACAGCAUACCAUCCGGCAGUCACUCUCGUAAUCAAUCAAGUCCCGAUUCUUCAAAUCCUUCGUCACCCACUAACCCACCGACGCAUCUUCUUCAUCUCUUCGACAAUGAUCUGCUGGACUCUAAUGGACAUGAAGCAGUCACGCCAUCUACGCGCAUGUCAAGUUCAACUAUGUCCAAAGAAUCCAUUUCACUACUCAAGUUGUUGCCCUCACGCGAAGAUAUGGUGAUCAUUGCGGCAAAUGCCUCUGCUUGGUUAUCAUGGUACAAAGUUCUCUUUUCGCUCAAUCUGGCUAUGGGCGCAGGAGAAAAAAUGCUUUCAAAUUACGACAAGGUCAAGUCUUCAGAGAAACAUCCUGUGUCCAUCGCUACUGUUCUACUGGCAGUAGCCAUCACAGUCCAACAAGCGCCUGAAGGUCAUGCCAUGAACAGGCUGCGAAGCAUCACCAAUCCCUCUGCUUUUCUCAAAGACGUCUCUAACCUUGUGGAGAAAGUGAUAGUCUCGAACGACGACCUGAUCGCAAGUCUAGAUGGAAUUAGGUGUGCAUUGCUGUUCAUCAGACUCCAGCUCGGCCGAGCAAGGGUGAGAAAAACGUGGCUUACACUACGGCGAGUCAUUGCCGUUGCCGAAUUGAUCGGCCUCCCUCGAGCCGCAGUAGUCGUUCAGGCCAAUGCAGCAUCUCAGUCUAGGCCGUUUCGAUUAGAUCUGGAACCGAUUGACGAAGAUCCGUACAGUGAGCAGAACCAGAAGGCUGAAGUCUGGGAGUCCAUCUGUGCAAUCGACCGGAUCACGGCGAUGAUGUGUUCUCUACCAAUCGCUACCGUCAAUUUUCCGCUUCCGGUACGACCUAUUAUCGACAUGAAUGGCGAGGUCAUUCUGCAGUCUUUUAUCCAUCGACUCUUCAACAUCGCAAGUCGUGUGCUUGAGCUUGACGACAUACACACCCAGAAGAAGUCUAUCCCGGAACUAAUCAAUAUUGUCAUGGCUACAGACCAGGAACUGCAAACCUUGGCUCAGGCUCCGGCGAAGUCGUGGUGGCAGGAGCAUGGAUCACAGAUGUCGAAAGAAGCUCUGUUUCAAUACUGGCACUCUUAUUUCACCAUUCGGACCCAUCUCCGGCUGGCUCUUGCUUAUGAACACGACCAGCGGUUUCUCUACAACUUCAUGACAUGCUUCAGUGCUUGUCAAGAGCACGCCAAACGAUACAUUUCACUACGUCCACUUCUUCCUGCAGGCUUCUUUGCGAGCUCGAUAGUAGAUCUACAGGCUUUCACAGCAAUAGUUUUCCUGUUGCUGGCUACAGAUGAGUCCAAGACAGCUUCUUCGUCCGUCGCUUCUCGGCAAAACAUGACCGCUCAACAAACCCGCGGUCUAGUUGACCAGGCUGUUGAAACAAUGGAACUGGCUGCCAAGCGAACCGGCAAUGGCUCUGCCCGUCAUGGAGUGGACGCAAUCAGAAGCCUAAGUUCUCUUUUGAGGCAGCCAAGUUCAACCGAAGGGCAACAGGUCAGCCUGCUUCUCCCUUUGAUUGGGAGAAUUCAUGUUUCACGCAAAGCCGGCGGGAGAGGCCGGCAGAACCAAGUAGACCCAUAUAUGCCGAAUCAGGGAGAAGAGGCUCCUCGGGAUCCACCCGACGGCUAUGGUGCCGAUUCAGCAGGGUCAAAUUACAUGGACCCUGAUCUGAUCAACCCUUUGUCAUAUUCCAUGGAGAUACCGGAAGACUAUCUUUUCUUCACGGAUCAAAGCUUUGGAGCGGAGCAGUGGCUGACUUGGACCAAUUGA